AUGUCCUCCAGGCCACUCCUUGAAAACAAGUCCGAUGAGAGGAAAUUUAGUCUUGAGAAGGACCCUGCCAAAUCUGUCUGCACCCUGACAGUGAGCAAAGUAACUCUGCAAGACUCGGCUACCUACUACUGUGCGAGGCAGACGCCAGCAAGAGCCAUCAGGAUGCUGCUGCUCCCGCUCCUGGCCCUGGCUGCAGCCUGGUCUCAGCGCUCCUUGUGUUUUCUCUCCUUCUUUCUAGACGGACAAGUGCUUCUGAAGCAGAGCCAAGUAUCUACUACCAAACGGCAAACGAAAACUGCACGGAUUGAGUGUAAAGCCGAGGGCAUAUCUGACUUCCGGUCUGCGUAUAUACAUUGGUACCGACAUAUACCACCCAAAGCUCCCGAACGGAUUCUGUAUAUCGGAUCAGCUCAACCUGUUUAUGAUGACAGUUCCUACAGAAACAAGUUUGGGUCUUCAAAGAAAGACACAGAUGUCUGCACUUUAACUGUCAGGGACAUCGACUCCAGCGAUGAAGGUUUAACCCACACGGGCAACAUGUUGCUGCUCCCAGUCCUUCUUGCAAGUUCUCUGUGGUCCCGUGGAGACACGCAGGCAGUGCCAGUGCAAACCCCAGCGCUCCGGAGGCAGGUGAAGGGCAGCUCUGUCAGCAUGGAGUGCCGGAUGAGCGCCGAUAACACUGUGCACUGGUACAAACAUCUUCCUGGGCAGCCACCAAAGAGGAUACUGUACAUGUCGGGGCAGUCACCUGUUUUUGAUGACAGUGCUGAUAAAAGGAGAUUUCAAACUCGGAAGCAUUCUACGAAGCCCCUCUAUAGUCUUAGGAUAGGUUAUUUAACGCCGAGUGAUUCUGGCACUUACUACUGUGCCUACUGGUUUUUUCAAGGCAUCACAGUGUUAGAUCGGCAAAGAUUAGCCAUACAAAAAGGUCGUUUUGCACUCUGAACCACAAGAUCUGAACUCUGCCAAAAUCCAGAGACUUCCCUGUUCCACUCCCCUCUCAUGAUUUUCUGCAACUGGAUAAGGAUUACAGCAAUUUGUUUCUGACAAACGCUAAACAUAUGAUGAUAACGAUCACCAUAUCAUUUCAGUACUCACGCAUGUCUGUAAUAUC